AUGAGUGGACCACGGCCGAGCGGGCGCUACCCGCCCGAUGCGCCAGACCCUCGGUACCAUCCAGGUCUCCCGAUGCCCCCUGCGCAUGGCAUCCCUCCGCGCCCCGACUUUUUCCCGCCAAACCAGCAGCAGUACAACUCUCCGCGUCCCAACUUCCCGCCACCGUCACUGCCUGCACCGCCUGGGCGUUACUCGCCCGCCGUCGGGCCCGGAUCUGGCUCACGAGCUUACGACGAGCGAUUCGCGCCGAACAACGCCUUUCCGCCGGGGUAUGGGAGCCCAGGACCGCAGGGAUUGCCCUUGCCGCCCAAGAUGAGCUACCCUCCUCGCGAACCGAUUCCCCUCCCGCGACCACCACUCCCCAUCGAUGACCGCAUGCCGCCGCCUCCCAUGCGUUCGGGCAGCGGUGGAGGUGCGGCCACGCCGGGAGGCGCAGGGUGGCAGCAGCAAGGAGGACGUGUGCACGACGAGCGGUGGGACUAUCAUGGCGGACCUCCACCUCCAGGCGGAUUUGCCGGCCUGCCACCUCAUCCUGGCCAUAUGGGCGUCCCGCAGAGGCCUCCUCCGCCGUCUUCGAGCGCGCAGUUCCCUCUCCCGCCCCACCCAGGGGCCGCCGCAGCGUAUCCUCCACCUCGAGCGUCUUACCCAGACGACCGCAACGGCUCUCGAGCGUCCACCUCGUCCAGUUCCUACCGCCCUCACUCGCCGCCCCGCUCCUACUCGCGACCCGACCUCGGCCCUUCUUCCUCCUCUCGCUACCGCAGCCCCUCUCCCGACUACUCCCGCUCCCCGCGCCGCCACCGCUCCCCUUCCCCGUCCUACCGAGCUCGCGAGCGCGAACGCGAGCGGGACUACCACGACGGAUACGAGGAUGAGCGUCACCGCGAACACCGGUCUCACCACCGCCGACCUCGUCCGCGCUCCCGCUCCCGCUCGCCCAUCUCCCGUUCACCCUCCCCGCCGCCAAGACGACGCCGUCGCGGCUCGUCGUGCUCGUCGCCCGGCAUCUCGCGUUCGCCUGAAUCGCCUCGCGUUCGUCGAACUUCUGCAAACGCGAAAGCAGGUGUUUGGCGACGAGGGCGGAGUGCAUCGAGGACGCCGAGCGGGAGCAGUGAUAGCGACCGAGGGUACAGGUCGUCGAGGUCGACGUCGAGGGAUAGGCGGAAACGGUCGGGCAAGCGGAGACAUCGCGAUGAGGAGACGCAUCGAAGCGGUGGACGCAGGAAGCACAGUCCCGAGUCUGAGCGGAGAAGUAGCGGGCACAAGCGGAGGCGGAGCACGGACGAGCGAUCGCACGAGCGGUUUGACGACCGGGACGACAAGAAGGCAAAGACGGCUGCGUCUGGGCCAGGUUACGCGCAGCCGCCUUUGCAUGCCAAUGGGUCUCGCAGCGUCUAUCCGCCGUCAGUACCGCAGAACGGCGCACACGAGCGGGCCUCGUAUCCUCCGCCGAACGCCCUCCCGACCGGUCCUCGAGCCGUCAACGACCGUUCCCACCCUUCGACGCCCGGUGCACCCGGUAACGUCUACCCUCCUCCCGGUCCGCCCCUUCAUCGACCGCAACCGCAGCAUCCGAACGCCUUGCCGUCCCAACCUGUCGGCGCCGUCAAGGUCCAGCUCGCUCCUACCGGUCCUCGCGCUCCGACUGGCCCGAAGGCGGCUCGCCCUGGUUUCGUACCGAUCGGUCAGCAGGCGCAGCACCAGCAACAGCGACUCGGGCAAAGCGCGCAGCGAGUUGCGGCCAGGACGGGCGUUCCCACCGGUCCUCGCAACGGACCUGUCGCUGGUGAUGUCAAGCGGUUCUUCCCUGGCGAUGAGGACGAAGACGAGGUCGCGAAGAACGCGCCCUCGGGGCCUGCGAAGGGCCGUAAACCGCCACCGCCAGCGCCGGCAGACAAAGGCAUGGAAGGGCCGUCAUGGGAGGAGAGGUUGGGACAGCGAGACGGCGGAGCGCAGCAGCGUAUGCAGGACGAUCGAAGCUGGGUCACUCGUCAAGGUGGAGAGGUUUCGCCGCCCAGGCGACAGUUACCGCCCGACGAGGACGACCGAACCCCACCGUCGCAGCCGAUGAUACUCAAUCCCUCAGCGAACGGCGGUCCACCGCAACCAGCUGUUCUGCAUCGGGCCUCGUACGAGCGGCCAGGCUCCGGCCCAGCACGACCCGCGCCGAAUCAGCAGCAGCAGCAGCUUCGCGCAGGGGGCCCGGCUCAGGCCGUCCCUCCGCUCUUCGCGCCUCGUCAAUGGGGCGCACCACCGACAGGUCCCGCAGCUCAGGCAUCCUUCACUCCGCCCGGCGCGAAUGGACAGGCCACGCCAACAGGUCCCGCCUCUCGCGCUUCCUCAGCUGCCACGCCCGCCCUUACCGCUCCGCCAUCGCCAAAAGCGAUUGACCGCGUGGACUCGCAGUCUCUCCCGCCGCCCACUCCGUCAAACCCGCCUACGCCUGUCCCGACCGCAGCUCCCACAGCUGCCGCAGCUGCCGCCCCGCCUCCCCCGCCGCCUACCGAGCUGUACGAGCGGCUCGUCCAGGUCGGCGAGGGUACGUACGGAAAAGUGUACAAAGCUCGCAACGUCGAGACGGGCGGGCUUGUCGCGCUCAAGCGGAUUAGGCCGGAGGCGGAGAAGGACGGCUUCCCCGUGACAGCGGUCCGGGAGAUCAAGCUCCUCCAGACGCUGCGGCACCCGAACGUCGUCGAGCUCGUCGAGAUGCUCGUCUCCAAGGGCCAAGUUUACAUGGUCCUCGAGUACCUCGAUCACGAUCUGACUGGCGUCCUGCACCACCCGUCGAUCAACUUCAGCCCGGCGCACCUCAAGUCGCUCAUGCAGCAGUUCCUCCAGGGACUCGGCUUUAUCCACCGUCGCGGCGUCCUGCACCGCGACCUCAAGGGCUCGAACAUCCUGCUCAGCAAGCGCGGCGAGCUCAAGAUUGCCGACUUUGGUCUCGCUCGCUUCUAUCAGCGCGGGCGCAACAACGACUAUACGAACCGCGUCAUCACGCAGUGGUAUAAGCCCCCCGAGCUGCUCUUCGGCGCGACCGUCUACGACGAGCGAGUCGACAUGUGGAGCGCAGGUUGCAUUUUCCUUGAGCUCUUUGCGCGCCGGCCCAUCUUCCCUGGGCAGGACGAGAUCCACCAGCUCGACGUUAUCUUCAGGCUGACGGGGACGCCCAACCUCGACGACUGGCCCGCCUUGCAAGACCUGCCGUGGUACGAGCUCGUGAAACCGAAGGCGGUCAUCGAGCCGUGUCUGCGCCAGGAGUUUGCAAAAUACCUCACGCCUGCCGGUCUCGACGUCGCCGAAGCCCUUCUCGCGCUCGACCCUGCUCGUCGCCCGACUGCCGACGAUGCGCUCAGGAUGCCAUACUUCGUUUCGGAGGAGCCCCAAGCCGAGAUGCCGACCAUGCUCGCCGAUGUCGAAGGCGAAUGGCACGAGUACGAGAGCAAGCGACAGCGACGGCGCCAGCGCGGCGACGAAGGCGCGUAG